AUGUCUUCAGCUCUUCCCGUCUUCUACAACAACCCUUGCACCACGAUCGUCCACGACAAGACCAAGGAUGGCAAGGACGACAAGACUACCGCGGUGAUCGGAAACUCCCUCAACUUCUGGCGGUUCAAUGCCAAGGACGGUCUCGAUCUCACUCGCCGAGGCAACCCCGAGGACGCUUUCACCUUCAUGGGCACGAACCCGGACGGUGAAAAGGUCGUCCCCGUCAAGCUCGACCGGAACAAGACUGCGUUGGUGGUCAUCGAUAUGCAAAACUUGAUGCUGCAUCCGGCCAUGAAGGAUUACCCCGAGGGCAGGGAGGCCGUGAAGCGUCUGGAGAAGGUCAUUCCUGCCUGCCACAGCGCUGGUAUCCAAGUGAUCUACCUCAACUGGGUCUUCACCAAGGCCGAGCUCAAGAAGUUGCCCCCUUCAACCAUCUUCGGUUAUGGUCGAUCCGGUCUGGUUAACGACAGCGCUGAGCACAAGUUCACCGGGCCCGGUUUCCCCCUUCCUGCCGUUCAGCUCGAGGAUGGCAAGGUCGUCGAUGCAGGCGAUAUGUUCAUGCAAGGAAGCUGGAACGCCGAGCUCUACGGUCCGCUCCAGAAGCUCUACGAGCAAGGCAAGGACAUGCAGGACAAGCAGGAUGUCGUCUUGAGGACUCAGUGGAUGAACAUGGGCAAGGAGUUGGAGAAUUUCUUGGAGGCGAGGGGAUUGAUGACUUUGCUCUUUGCCGGACUCAACACUGAGCAAGCUGUCUGGGCGACCAUGACCGAGGCCCGUGGCAAGCACUUUGACACCAUCAUGUUGUCCGACUGUUGUGCAAGCCGAGCCGAGGAUGGAGGAAAGGCUCACUCGGUCGUUGUCCGCAAUUGUCAACAGUUUGGAGGACUGGUUCUCACCGGCGACGAGCUCGUCGAGGCCUCCCAGAAGACCUUGCGAUAA